GAGCAUCAUCACGUAUCACGGUAUCACAUCAUCACUGCUGCUAAACGGCGACGUUUCAGUGAAGCGGACACCGAACCCUAACGACAACUCGAGGAAGAAGAACUAACCGCCAAUAACAUCUGAGGUAUGUAUCUCGAAGCUCCUUGAUUUAGCAGAGGCCAAAGAACCCAAAUCGUUGCAAGUCCCAUUCAAAUAUCUUCUCUCCCGUAUUUUUCCGUUCAAUUCAUCGUGUUCUCAGACUGUAAUGGCUACACCUACCGACGAUGGUUUGAAGAAGCUAGAAUACCUCUCUCUCGUCUCCAAAGUCUGCAACGAACUCGAAACGCAUAUAGGCGUUGCUGACAAAGUGUUAGCGGAGUUCAUCACCGAAUUGGGAAGGGACUCGGAGACGGUGGACGAAUUCGAUGAGAAACUGAAGGAAAACGGUGCCGAGAUGCCCGAUUACUUCGUACGUACAUUGCUGACCAUCAUUCACGCAAUCCUCCCGCCCAAGCCCAAAUCGGAGAAGGAACCCAAGAAGGUAAGCGAUAAGAAGACGAAGUAUGGUGCUUUAGCGAUUGAAGAUGGUAAGGAUAGAGUGAAGGAGCUCGAAAAAGAAAUUGAAAUGGAGACUCGGGAGCGCCGAAGAGAGAAAGAGGAGCGAGAAGACGGUGCUGUUAGGCGCAGAGACGGAGAUAGAGACAGGGACAGACGCAGAGAUAGAGACAGGGAUAGGAAUGUGGACAGGGACAUACGCAGAGAUAGAUACGACAGAGAAUAUAGGCAUAGAGAGAAGGAUUACGAAGAGGAUGAUGUUAGGGAUAGAGGGAGGCACUGGGAUCGGCAUGACAGGCAUGGAAGGGAUGGUUAUGAAGAGAAUGGAGAUGUUAGAAAGGAUGGUGAACACAAUAGGGACAGAAGGAAUGGGCAAAACCGCACAGAUGAGCCUGAAUUGUAUAAGGUGUAUAAAGGGAGGGUAUCGAGAGUGAUGGACAGUGGAUGCUUUGUGCAAUUGACUGAUAUUAGAGGGAAGGAGGGAUUGGUUCAUGUCUCUCAGAUGGCAACUAGGAGAAUUGGAAAUGCUAAGGAUGUUGUGAAGCGGGAUCAGGAGGUUUAUGUGAAGGUGAUUUCGGUUUCAGGCCAGAAGUUGAGCUUGUCUAUGAGGGAUGUUGAUCAGAAUACUGGGAAGGAUUUGCUUCCUAUAAAGAAGAGCUCAGACGAUGAUGCAUACAGGAGUAACCCAUCAGGGUCGAGGGAUGGGCCAGUUACAAGGACAGGGCUUUCUGGGAUCAGGAUUGUGGAGGAGGAGGAUUCUGUUCCGUCACGCAGGCCGCUGAAAAGAAUGAGCUCCCCUGAAAAAUGGGAAGCCAAACAGUUGAUUGCUUCAGGAGUUUUCAGCGUUCAAGAAUACCCAAUGUAUGAUGAUGAAGGGGAUGGAGUAUUAUAUCAGGAAGAGGGUGCUGAAGAGGAGCUUGAGAUUGAGAUGAAUGAGGAUGAACCAGCUUUUCUGCAAGGCCAGACCAGGUACUCUGUAGAUAUGUCACCCGUGAAGAUAUUUAAGAAUCCAGAAGGCUCGUUGAGUCGUGCCGCGGCACUCCAAUCUGCACUCAUAAAAGAAAGGAGAGAAGUUCGGGAACAGCAGCAAAGGACAAUGCUUGAUUCGAUACCAAAGGAUCUUAACCGUCCUUGGGAAGACCCAAUGCCAGAGACCGGUGAGAGACAUCUUGCGCAGGAGCUUAGGGGCGUUGGCUUGUCAGCAUAUGACAUGCCUGAAUGGAAGAAGGAUGCUUUUGGGAAAGCAUUGACCUUUGGGCAGAGAUCAAAACUCUCCCUCCAGGAACAAAGGCAGAGUUUGCCAAUUUACAAGUUAAAGAAAGAGCUGAUUCAGGCUGUGCAUGACAACCAAGUUCUCGUAGUCAUUGGUGAGACUGGUUCAGGUAAGACUACCCAGGUAACACAAUAUCUCGCUGAGGCAGGUUACACUACUAGGGGUAAGAUAGGGUGUACUCAACCACGUAGGGUGGCUGCUAUGUCUGUUGCUAAGCGAGUUGCUGAAGAAUUUGGUUGUCGUCUUGGGGAGGAAGUUGGGUAUGCUAUUCGUUUUGAGGAUUGCACUGGACCAGAUACUGUAAUCAAGUAUAUGACCGAUGGUAUGCUUCUUAGAGAGAUUCUGAUUGAUGAGAAUCUCUCCCAGUACUCUGUCAUAAUGCUUGAUGAAGCUCAUGAAAGGACAAUCCACACUGAUGUUCUCUUUGGAUUGCUGAAAAAACUUGUAAAGCGGAGACCCGAUCUUCGUUUGAUCGUCACAUCGGCCACAUUAGAUGCAGAGAAGUUUUCUGGGUAUUUCUUUAACUGUAAUAUCUUCACAAUUCCUGGGAGAACUUUUCCAGUGGAGAUACUCUACACAAAACAGCCAGAAAGUGAUUAUCUGGAUGCGGCUUUGAUCACCGUCCUACAGAUCCACUUGACAGAACCUGAAGGUGACAUACUUGUCUUCUUGACUGGUCAAGAGGAGAUUGAUUUCGCAUGCCAGUCUCUUUAUGAGAGGAUGAAAGGACUCGGUAAAAAUGUUCCUGAAUUGAUUAUUUUACCCGUUUAUAGUGCCCUUCCUAGUGAAAUGCAGUCGAGAAUAUUUGACCCUGCUCCCCCAGGGAAGAGGAAAGUGGUUGUGGCCACCAAUAUCGCUGAAGCUUCUUUAACCAUAGAUGGUAUAUUUUAUGUGGUCGAUCCUGGUUUUGCAAAACAAAAUGUAUAUAAUCCUAAGCAAGGGCUUGAUUCUCUGGUCAUAACUCCAAUUUCACAGGCGUCAGCCAAGCAACGAGCAGGACGUGCUGGGCGUACUGGGCCUGGGAAAUGUUACCGCCUCUACACUGAGAGUGCCUAUCGAAAUGAAAUGUCACCUACCUCAAUACCGGAAAUCCAAAGGAUAAAUUUAGGGUUUACCACGCUCACAAUGAAAGCCAUGGGAAUAAAUGAUCUCCUGUCUUUUGAUUUUAUGGAUCCACCUUCACCCCAGGCUCUCAUUUCUGCCAUGGAACAGCUGUAUACUCUAGGAGCUCUGGAUGAGGAGGGGCUUCUAACUAAAUUGGGUAGAAAAAUGGCAGAAUUUCCUCUUGAACCGCCACUAUCUAAGAUGUUACUGGCCAGCGUUGACCUUGGCUGUAGUGAUGAGAUCUUGACAAUGAUUGCCAUGAUUCAAACUGGGAACAUCUUCUACAGGCCAAGGGAAAAACAAGCUCAAGCAGAUCAGAAGAGGGCCAAGUUUUUCCAACCUGAGGGAGACCAUUUGACUUUACUUGCUGUGUAUGAGGCUUGGAAAGCUAAAAAUUUCUCUGGGCCUUGGUGUUUUGAGAACUUUGUUCAGUCUCGAUCCUUGAGAAGGGCACAGGAUGUCAGAAAACAGCUUCUCUCUAUCAUGGAUAAGUACAAAUUGGAUGUCGUAAGUGCUGGAAAGAAUUUCACCAAGAUAAGGAAGGCAAUAGCAGCAGGGUUCUUUUUCCAUGCGGCAAGGAAGGACCCGCAGGAAGGUUAUCGAACCCUAGUUGAAAACCAGCCAGUUUAUAUCCAUCCUAGCAGUGCUCUAUUCCAGAGACAGCCAGACUGGGUUAUCUACCACGAGCUGGUAAUGACCACCAAGGAGUACAUGCGUGAAGUAACGGUUAUAGAUCCCAAGUGGCUUGUGGAACUUGCACCAAGAUUCUUUAAGGUGUCUGAUCCCACGAAAAUGAGCAAGCGCAAGCGUCAAGAACGCAUUGAACCUCUCUAUGACAGAUAUCAUGAGCCAAAUUCAUGGCGUCUUAGCAAACGGCGUGCGUGAGUCCUUAAUUCCUUAUGCUAUCAAUGUCAACUGGCGUUGCAUCUCUGUAUGUUCUUUUUUGUAGAUGUAUAUAUUCUCUACAUGGUUAACGAGCGUGUUUUGACCCAUCUACGCCGCAUCAAUGCUAUUUAUGAAAAAAAAAAUUUACCUAUCCAUACUUUUUUAGGAGAUUGGUCGACUUCUCUCUUACUUUGUAUUUGUUUCCCUUAAUUGGAUUUUUAAUUGAAACUUGCCCACAAGUUAAAGGUUAGUGAUAGUAGCCUGCUGAACUCGUAUGCAUUAGACAGAGAGAUCUUUUGCAUAAACUUCUUUGAUAUGUAUAGAUGUAGCCAUGUAAGAACAUGCUUAAGCAUGAAGAAGGCAGAGAUUGUUAAAUCAA